AUGAGACAACCUCCAGGUUUCACCGAUCAGACACAACCUCACUCGGUCUGCAAACUUCAAAAGUCCCUCUACGGACUCAAACAAGCUCCGCGGCAAUGGUUCCAAAAACUCACAGACUUCCUACAACAUCAAGGUUUCGGGUUCAGUCGUUCCGACCCCUCACUCCUCAUUUAUCACAAAAACAGCAUUCGUCUUUACAUACUCAUCUAUGUUGAUGAUUUCUUGGUGACAGGGAACGACGAAGACGCCAUCCGAUCCCUUCUCAAACAACUACGCGCUCAGUUCGCCCUCAAACAGCUCGGCAACAUCUCCCUCUUCCUCGGAAUUCAGGUGACUCACUCUCCCACUGGUUUCUUUUUAUCCCAAGAACACUAUGCUACGAAAUUACUCAACGAUGCAGGUUACAAGGAUUGCAAAUCAGCCCCAACAAUGCUCACUCCUGACAAGAAGAAGAAGGAGCCCAACCUCCAACCGCUCAAGGAUCCGUCGCUCUACCGGCGUCUAGCCGGGUCCUUACAAUACCUCUCCAUCACAAGGUCGGACAUCGCCUUCGCCACCAACCGCAUCUGCCAACACAUGCAGUCUCCCACCGAACACAACUUCAAAGCCUUGACACGCCUACUGAGAUACAUCAAGGGGACUACCUCAUUCGGACUGCCCAUCACAACCGGGACACUAGAACUACGGGCCUUCUCAGACGCCGACCGGGCGUCAGAUAUCACUGAUCGCAAGUCCGUCUUGGGCUUCUGCACAUUCCUCGGGACAAACCUCAUUUCAUGGACAGUCAAUAAGCAGGCAACCGUCACAAAGUCCUCCACCGAAGCGGAGUACAGAUCCCUCUCCGCAGCCGCCUCGGAUGUGCUUUGGCUUCGUCGUCUCACGACCGAGCUGGACAUGCCUCAAUCCUCCCCGACCACAAUCUACUGUGACAACACCUCGGCAAUGGCCAUCGCCAAAAACCCGGUGUUUCACGCUAGAACGAAACACAUCGAGAUUGACUAUCAUUUUAUUCGUCAGCAAAUAAGCACCGGCAACAUUCAGCUGGCACACAUCUCUUCCAAAAAUCAGAUUGCGGACAUCCUCACCAAACCUUUCUCGAUUGCUCGAUUCCACGAAUUACGCAACAAGUUAACCACUCGGACACCGAACGCUUAA